GAGGUGAGCAGAGGGUGCGCGCUGGAAGCCUGAGGCCGGGGACAUUCCUCGGACAGGCCUCGGCGGAGAGCAGAGGAAGUCGCCCUCUCCCUCCGCGGCCCCGCCCGCGCCUGCUCUCCGCCUGCGUCCGGGGCGGUGGCGGCAGCGGCGCGGGGCGGGGCGCCACGACCCCCCUGCCUCCUCUGCCCCCUGGUUGUAGACGCUGCAGCCCGAAUAUCUCGGCCUUGAGGCGCCGCAGUGCCGACCGGCCCGCGAGCCAUGGCCCAACCCGGCGAGGAGGCUCUGCCCGGGCCCACGACCGCGGUGCAGAUCCGCGUUGCCAUCCAGGAGGCCGAGGACGCGGAGGAGCUGGAGGAGGACGAGGAGGGCGCAGAGGCGCGCGGCGCGGGGCACCCGGCUCGGUACCUCAGCCCCGGCUGGGGCAGCGCUAGCGAGGAGGAGCCCAGCCGCGGGCACAGUGGCACCACAACAAGUGGGGGUGAGAAUGACCAUGAGGACCUGGAGCAGGAGUGGAAGCCUCCAGACGAGGAAUUAAUCAGAAAACUGGUGGAUCAGAUCGAAUUCUACUUUUCCAAUGAAAACUUGGAAAAGGAUGCCUUCCUGCUAAAGCAUGUGAGGAGGAACAAGUUGGGAUAUGUGAGUGUUAAGCUACUCACAUCCUUCAAAAAGGUGAAACACCUUACACGGGACUGGAGAACCACAGCACAUGCCCUCAAGUACUCAUUGACCCUAGAGUUGAAUGAGGACCACCGGAAGGUGAGGAGGACCACCCCUGUCCCUCUCUUCCCCAAUGAGAACCUCCCCAGCAAGAUGCUUCUGGUCUAUGAUCUCUACCUGUCCCCUAAGUUGUGGGCUCUGGGCACCCCUCAGAAGAAUGGGAGGGUGCAAGAGAAGGUGAUGGAACACCUACUCAAGCUCUUUGGGACCUUUGGUGUCAUUUCAUCAGUGCGGAUCCUCAAACCUGGGAGAGAGCUGCCCCCUGACAUUCGGAGGAUUAGCAGCCGGUACAGCCAGGUGGGGACCCAAGAAUGUGCCAUUGUAGAGUUUGAGGAGGUGGAAGCCGCCAUCAAAGCCUAUGAGUUUAUGAUCAUGGAAUCUCAGGGCAAGGAGAACAUGAAAGCUGUUCUGAUUGGUAUGAAGCCACCCAGAAAGAAAUCUCCCAAAGACAAGACCCAUGAUGAGGAGCCCACUACAAGCAUCCACUUGAACAAGUCCCUGAACAAGAGAAUUGAGGAGCUUCAAUACAUGGGUGAUGAGUCUUCUGCUAACAGCUCCUCUGACCCUGAGAGCAAUCCCACAUCCCCUAUGGCUGGCCGGCGGCAUGUGGUCACCAAUAAGCUCAGCCCUUCUGGCCACCAGAAUAUCUUUCUGAGUCCGAAUGCCUCCCCAUGCUCAAGUCCUUGGAGCAGUCCCUUGGCUCAACGCAGAGGCUUUUCCAGAAAAUCCCCACUGGCUGAGGAAGGUAGGCUGAACUGUAGCACCAGUCCUGAGAUCCUUCACAAGUGCAUGGAUUAUUCCUCUGACAGCAGCGUCACUCCCUCUGGCAGCCCCUGGGUUCAGAGGCGCCGCCAAGCUGAGAUGGGGACACAGGAGAAGAGCCCCAGAGCAAGUCCCCUGCUUUCUCGGAAGAUGCAGACUGCAGAUGGGUUACCCGUGGGGGUGCUGAGAUUGCCCAGAGGCCCUGACAACACCAGAGGAUUCCAUGGUGCACACGAGAGGAGCAGGGCCCAUGUAUAAAUAAAUACCUUCUAUUUUUAACACCUGCUCCAUUGAAAACCACCAGUUUUCAGGUUCUGAUAAAUACCUGGCAUGCCAUAGAAUGAACUUAAGGCCCCUUUCAAGAAUUUUGUAUACAUAUGAACCUCUUAAUUUAUAUGUUUGCAAUGCAUAUAGAUUGUCUGGACACCCUGGUUUUAAGGCCAUCUUCUAGUUCAGGAGACCGCUUCCUCCCAAUACAACACAACCACUUUUGUGAUGCUGUCCAGCCAGUGUGUGAAUGUCACGGCUCUGUAAGACUGUGGGAUGGGCUCCGGGGAAGCCUGGCAGCCAGCCUCUUCUCUGGGGCAGGGUUCUUCUUCUCUUUGGGCUGUCCUAGGCCAUCCAGGGAGUCCUCAGAGCCCAGAAGAGUUAUUUUAUGCAGUGGCAACUAGUUAAACCUGUUGCAUGAUGUCUUCUAGGGUCUAAUGUAUGUUUUCUGUCAAGUGAAUAAAAAAAUAAAACACUCAAGCCCA